UUUACUCCCCGGGUCUUUGCUGUCUCCCACCAGGACCAUUCUGGUGCCGUGUGCAACAUGUCCCUGCAGACCUGGGAAUGGGAGGAAGAGGAAAGAGGAAGUGUGGGGCCUGUCUCCUCCAUGGCCAGUGCUUACCAGUCAGCGAGCGAAUAUGAGACGGAGGAGUACCUCAAGUCCAGGACCCCAGCCCAUGUGUGGGACUCUGAGGACCAGUUCAGCUUCAGCCUGCAUUCCUCAGAGGGCCCUGCCUGCGCCUUCAAUGCUGACGUGCCUCAGGCUGUCCCCUGCAGAUUCAUUAUCUCACUGGCCUUUCCGACAAUGAUGGGACAAAAGGGAAAAGGCUCAAAUUUCACCGAUAAAAAAAAAUUCGCCAGAGUGGACAGCCGGGUUGCAAAGAAUCGUCGAUUCUACCACAUCGAGUAUUUUUUCCUGCCUGACGACAUAGAGCCCCAAAAAGUUGAUGUUGUGGUGUUUCCUGGUGUGGCCAAAGUGUUUCUGGAGUCAGGAAUAAAGACCGUGAAGCCGUGGAAAGAUGAUGACAAAAUCUGGGUGUCCUGGAGCCAAACUUUUAACAUCAACAUGACAAAGGACUUGUUAAAGAAAAUGAACUUCCACAAAAUCACUUUGAGGCUUUGGGACACCAGGGACAAAGUUUCCAAAAAAGCCAAGUACCACCGGGUGAAGACAACGGGAUAUGUAGAAGACCCGGAAAAUUUCGAGGAAGUGAGACUUCUGGUUUUGAGUCAGAAAAGUCUGGCGACAAGUAUCAAUGAAAGAGCCAACACUGUCCCCGAGGCCUUGAAAGAGGAGAACUUACCAGGUGACCAAGAAAAGGCAGAAAAACAUUUGAAGUCUCCACAAGAGCCUGAGACCCCUCCUAAGAACAGCGAGGAAUGUGAGAGGUCACUGAAGAUGGAAGAUUCUAGACGGGGCACUGCAAAGACGCCUGUUUCAUUGUGUGGAACGGCCAUGAUGGAGAUCAAGGAGCUCAUUGAGAAGACAUCGCUGAGCAGCUUAACAAACAUGAUAGAGAAGCAAAAGUCUCAAAUUAAAGGGAAAGAUCUGGAGGGGAAGAAGAAAAACCCCAAAAAAGUGAAGAAAUAUCAGACGGAAGAGGAACCGGAAGCGAAGCUGUCCGCUGCCACCUGGAAGCAGAGCGUCUUCUCCAUUCAGCUGUCCGUCAUGCCGCUCCUCGCCGGCUGGCAAACGGUGAUCAGCCGUGGCAGCGAAAAGUCUGCCAACAUUUUAGAUUGCUUUCUGACUCUCAAAAUGGAAGGUCCCAUCAUGACCGAAGAGCAAAAACAAGAACUGAACCCUCUGACCAUAAAGAUCAGGUGUGCCUCCUGCCUUCCAACCCAGCCUUUGUCCAUCCAUGACCUGGAGAGGCUGUGCAGCCCUGUGUACUGUAGAUACCAGUUCCACAGGACCCCAGUUCACGAGACCAAGAGAGAGCCCCAUGGGACUCAUGUGUUUUUCCAGGAUGUCAAUGUCAUUUUCCUUGGGGCCAUGCACCCCGGUGACCUGAGAGAGUACCUGGAGGGGCCCCCCAUGGUGGUUGAAGUCCAUGACAGGGACCGGAAGUUGGAGGAGCAUUCCCGGAAGCCUACCUUGUUUGGAGAGGACCCCGUGGAUUCAUGCUUCAACAUCCAGCCUUUCAUCUCUCCCAAAGACACAGAGAAUAACCCCUUUGAGUCCCAGAACAAGAUAUGGGACCCUUACGGGGUUGCCCGGGUCAGUUUUGCUGACCUCCUCCUUGGCUAUAAGUACUUGAACCUGAUUGUCCCCAUCCACAACUGUGAGCCAAAGUCUGCCAACCAGAGCCAGGAUAUCAGGAACAGGAAGACUGUGGGCUUCUGGGCCCCCGCGGAUGUCCUCCAGCACAUCCCGAUGCCCAUAGCUAACUACCUAGAGGCCAACUCCCUGCUCAAGCUCCGAGUGGACAUCGCAGUGCCCCUGAGUACUUGGUGUGCAGUGCCCGAGCUCGAGCUCGACCUCACGACUACCCAGUUCGGUCGCAUCAUUUUUGUGUUCCACACCAAGAAGCCGCCCCUCCUACAGAGCCUGCUGCAGGACAUCACCGAGAUCAACGCCAAAGCCCUGGAUCUGGACGCUCAUCCCAUUGAGAACAUCCAGCAGGUCCUGUCGGCCUUCAGAGUGCGCGUGAAGAUGCAAGAACAGCAGGACCUGGAUGUGCUCACCGGGUUCCAUCUCCUGGAUGGAAAGAUCCACCUUAUCAUUCUGGAAGGCUUGGCGGACCACGGCUUGAGGCGGCUGUGGGAGAGUUACCAGAGCCGGGUGGCUAACUCCAGUCGUGACGCCUGGAAGGCACUGUAUGACUCUAGGAUGCUUUUCCGCAACCGCCUGUAUGCCGACCUGGAGACCAUCCUGUACCGUGUACAUCUGUUCAGGCCUGUGUCCAUGCUCCUACGGUACCCAGCGCUCUAUAUCCGCGGGGCUGUGCCACGCAUGGCCUUCCAGGCACUGACCAGGAUCCACGACAUCUGCCACAGCAGCACCAGGCUCAAGGAGGUCAUUAUGAGAGAUCUGCUGCCUUCCGCCUCUAUGGUUAAAGACCUGAGCCUGGAGUUUGGGAUGCCCAUUUCUCAGGAAGAACUCACAGAUAAGAAGCUGUUGGCUGCAUCACCCCAGCUUGCUCCCAAAGAUGAGAAAUUCCAACAUCGGGUUUCUACCCUCCCACUUGAGAUCCAGACCCACCAGGAGAAGUAUCUGCAGUGGCGGAGCAACAUGCUGCUGAAGAACCAAAUCCAUAGGGAUAGCGUUAUCCAGAAAAACAUUACAGAAGCCUACCAGUUCACCAAGAAGUCUCCGAAGCCAUUGGUGAAGACAGUUCGAAUCGCCAUUCCUGAGAACAAAGCUGUCCACAACUACAGUAUCCAGACCCUGAAUUCUGCCGAGCUUGCGAAGAAGGAGAUGUUUAAAGAGAUGGGCAAGGAGCCAUGGAAGAGAUUCACAUAUUCCCAGAAUUACCUCUCAGCGAUGGUGGAUCCCCAGGACCCGAAGGAAGAGGAGAAGAAAGCUCAGAAGAAAUCCCACGAGGCCUGGCUCACAGUCGGUGGGUUCCAAGUGUGGGGUCUUCAGAGUGCCAUUGGAAGCCACCAGCGGGAUCUUAUACUGCCACCCAUCAGAGAGAAAAAUGAGGAGUGGCAAGAAAACGCUCUGUUUACUAAUGUGCUGAAGCCCGUGUUGGACCGGGAAAGGUGGAGCUGGAGCCAGCGCCGUCUGGACUUCGAGCUGUACAAGAAGCCGCCGCUUUACUUUGAGUUGCCUCCUCUUCCAGCUCCGAAGCCUGCAGCUGGUGGGAGACGAAAAGCAAGGAUCCAGUCUUCUGAACAGCGUCAGCACAAUCAAGUCACAGCGAAGCCACUUAGUUCGCAGAACAGUCUCUCUAUGCAAUUCCAAGAAUCACUCUCUCUCAAUGACAAUCAGCUGGCACCAAGGACUCGGUCUCAGCCAGGUCCCAGUUCUCCUGAAUCUUCGAUAGGACCACACCACCUGAAUGCCUCCUUCCCCAAUCGCUGGCUUCCUUAAAGUGUAGUAUGGUCACAGGGUUUAGCUCCGUGCCCAUGAAUUUGUUGGAAAUGUAUGCUGGUUCCAAGA